AUGGAUGACCUCCAGUCUCUGGAGCUCUUUUCGCUCGUUUCGCGAAUCACGAGCGAACUCCAGAACCACUUGGGCAUUAAUGACAAGACAUUAGCGGAGUUCGUGAUUGAUCAGCAUCUGAAAUGCGGUUCGUUUUCGAAAUUCAAGGAGACCCUAGACGAGAUGGGCGCGGAGUUCCCUCAGAGUUUGAUGGAGAGUAUUGACCGUCUAGUGCUCACCAUGCACCCAAAAUACAAGACGAAGAAGACGGAUGGCGCCGACAAAGCAGAAGGGGAUGACGAUAUGGAUGUACUUGAUGCACUCGAAAAAAAGGCGCGCGUAUUCAAAGGUCUAGCUGUUCCGGACAAGGCACCGCAAUGGGCUGAAGACGACUACAUGGAUAGGAAAAAUGCGGACGAAGGUGAUGCCAAGGCCGAUGCAAUGGAUGAUACAUUUGCGAUGCUUGAAGGGCUGGCAGGAAAGGCUCGAGAAGAGAAGGGUCGCACAGCGGUGGAGGACCGGAGUAGCAGGAAACGAAGCAGAAGCCCUGGUUAUGAUGACUACGAUCGUGAACGUCGGCGCAAGGACAAAUAUCGUUCCCGCUCGAGGUCAUAUAGUUCCCGUCAUCGCAAGAGAGAUGACGACGUCGACGAAUUCGGCCGUACGCGAAGCAAGUAUUCCAGCCGGGAUGAACAUCGCGAUGGCCACAGCGAACGGCGGCGGCAGCGGCAUGACAGGAGCCAAGACGACCAUUUUCGGCAACCACCCCCAGUUGAGUUGGAUGACGCCCCGAUACUGUACAAGGUCUACGAUGGACGUGUCACUGGUGUGAAGGAUUUCGGAGCCUUUGUGAAUCUCUUGGGCGUCAAAGGCAAGGUGGAUGGCCUGGUACAUGUCUCUGCGAUGCAAGAAGGAGCGCGAGUAAAUCACCCUUCAGAUCUGGUCUCCAGAGGGCAGCCGGUCAAAGUCAAGGUCACCAGUAUACAAGGAUCUCGCAUUGGACUUUCGAUGAAGGAAGUUGACCAAGUGACUGGGCUUGAUCUUAUCCCACAACGCCGGCUGGCAUCUGGCGCCAAUAUGGAGCGUCUUGACGGGACUUCAGCGAAUGAGCGAUAUGGCAACUUGAGCUCGGAAGUGCCUGUCAUCGAGGAUUCUAAUGGAAAGCCUAUGAAAAACAGAAAGCGCUUAACUUCACCGGAGAGGUGGGAAAUUAGACAGCUGAUUGCAUCCGGUGUUGUGUCAGCGGCUGACUACCCCGAUCUCGACGAGGAAUACCACGCAACACUGACAGGCGAGGGCACCUUUGAGGAGGAAGAAGAUAUCGAUAUCGAAGUCCGAGAUGAAGAGCCGCCCUUUUUGGCUGGUCAAACUAAGAUGUCCCUGGAGUUAUCUCCUAUCAGAGUUGUUAAGGCUCCCGAUGGCUCUAUGAACCGAGCAGCUAUGGCGGGUACAAACUUGGCUAAAGAACGAAGAGAUCUUCGUCAACAAGAGGCCCAGGAUAAGGCUGCGGAGCAAGCUGCAGAGGUUGAUCUUAAUGCACAAUGGCAAGAUCCUAUGGCCGCGCCAGAAGACCGGAAAUUUGCGGCUGAUCUUCGAACGGCCCAACAACCUAAAGCCGAUGACGCUGUGCCUGAAUGGAAAAGAGUUACAAUGGGCAAGAAUCAAUCUCUCGGCAAGCGAACAUCGAUGUCGAUUAAGCAACAACGCGAAAGUCUGCCGGUUUUCAAGUUCCGAAAGCAACUUCUUGAUGCUGUUCGUGACAACCAGUUGUUAAUUGUUGUUGGAGAUACUGGAUCCGGAAAGACCACACAGUUGACACAAUACUUAGCUGAGGCCGGCUAUGGAAAUAAUGGCAUUAUCGGGUGUACCCAACCGAGACGUGUUGCCGCGAUGUCAGUCGCCAAGCGUGUAGCUGAAGAAGUUGGCUGCAAGCUCGGUGCAGAGGUUGGAUACACGAUUCGUUUUGAAGACUGCACCAGCCCGGAGACACGAAUCAAAUACAUGACUGACGGAAUGCUUCAAAGAGAGGUCCUCUUAGACCCAGACUUGAAGAAGUACUCUGUCAUCAUGCUUGAUGAGGCUCACGAGCGGACAAUUGCUACAGACGUCCUAUUCGGUUUGCUAAAAAAGACAAUAAAGCGGAGGCCUGAUCUUCGACUUAUUGUUACAUCAGCUACAUUGGAUGCAGAGAAGUUCUCCGAAUAUUUCAACGGUUGCCCCAUUUUCUCGAUUCCUGGACGUACAUUCCCAGUCGAGAUUAUGUAUUCAAAGGAGCCCGAGUCUGACUACCUGGAUGCGGCUCUAAUAACUGUCAUGCAGAUUCAUUUAACGGAGCCUUCUGGCGAUAUUCUUGUUUUCCUGACGGGACAAGAAGAGAUUGAUACCUCAUGUGAGAUUUUGUACGAGCGAAUGAAAGCGUUGGGUCCUUCUGUACCAGAGCUUGUCAUCCUUCCUGUCUACUCUGCUCUUCCUAGUGAGAUGCAGAGUAGGAUUUUUGAACCUGCGCCACCAGGAGGUAGGAAGGUUAUUAUUGCAACCAAUAUUGCCGAAACAUCCAUUACCAUUGACAACAUCUACUAUGUCAUUGAUCCUGGUUUCGUGAAGCAAAACGCUUACGAUCCAAAACUUGGUAUGGACUCCUUGGUGGUUACCCCUAUCUCGCAAGCGCAGGCCAAGCAACGAGCCGGUCGUGCUGGAAGAACAGGCCCAGGAAAGUGUUUCCGUUUGUAUACUGAAGCAGCCUACCAAUCGGAAAUGUUGCCAACCACAAUUCCCGAGAUCCAGCGUCAAAACCUUUCACAUACUAUUCUCAUGCUUAAAGCUAUGGGUAUUAACGAUUUGCUUCAUUUCGACUUUAUGGAUCCUCCUCCGACAAACACCAUGCUUACUGCUCUAGAGGAGCUUUAUGCUUUGUCUGCACUCGAUGAUGAAGGCCUUUUGACUCGUUUGGGUAGGAAGAUGGCAGACUUCCCUAUGGAACCAGCACUUGCCAAGGUCCUCAUUGCAUCAGUCGACAUGGGGUGUUCCGAGGAAAUUCUCAGCAUCGUUGCCAUGCUCUCUAUCCAGUCGGUCUUUUAUAGACCUAAAGAAAAGCAGCAGCAGGCAGAUCAAAAGAAAGCCAAGUUCCACGAUCCACAAGGCGAUCACUUGACCCUACUCAAUGUAUACAACGGCUGGAAGAAUUCGAAGUUUAACAAUGCUUGGUGUUUCGAGAACUUCAUCCAGGCGCGUCAGAUCCGCCGUGCUCAAGACGUUCGCCAGCAGCUUCUUGGUAUCAUGGACCGGUACCAUCACCGCAUCGUCUCAUGUGGAAGGAACACAACCAAAGUACGUCAAGCACUAUGCACUGGGUUCUUCAGAAAUGCAGCGCGUAAGGACCCCCAGGAAGGAUACAAGACACUUGUUGAGGGAAUACAUGCAUUGCACCACGCUAUUGAGCCCAAAUGGCUGGUCGAGGCAGCCCCGACCUUUUUCAAGGUCGCUCCCACUGACCGCUUGUCGAAGCGUAAGAAGGCUGAGCGUAUCCAACCCCUACACAAUCGCUUUGCGGGCGAGGAUGAUUGGCGUCUAUCUGCACAGAGACGUCAAGGUAGAGGGGGCGGUGGAGGAACUUGGGGUUAG